AUGCGCUACGGUGUCAAUCAGAUCCGUCCGUGCCAACCGUACUGUCCCUUUGGGUGCCAUAAUGUUCGGGAGUGCCUCUGGUCCGACGUUUCAUCCAGACGGUCAACUCGUUUGAACCAGACUGCAAGAACAGUGUCCGUGAAUAGUCAGUGUCAUGAAUUCACGAUGAACAACAAUAGUAGCACAACUAACCCGAACAAUGUUGUUGCCGAUCCGGAUGAUUCCGGCAGUUCUUCCUCCUCGUCGCCGUUGAGACACUUCCGGCUCAAUUGCCUACCGCCAUCUUGCUAUUCCAUUCACGAUAUUUUGCACUACAAUCCGGCCAGUCCCGAUGAUCCUUCCGUCUCCAUCCAAUCUCAAUUCGAUUCGCUCGAUUGUCCUCCGUCGAGUCAACCACCUCCUCCACCUUACAACAACAACAAUGGAUUACUUUUAAUGGAUCAUCACGCCGCUUCCUCAUCCACUCAUUUAGCCAAUUCCUUGCCGGCUGAUGGAGGUAAUGGCGUGGACGAAGAAGCUCUUCGCUCGCCGGAAACUCAAAAUCACGACAGUGGCGAUGACGAUUCACCUUCGACCUCGUCGACAACCCGAUCUCAACAGGGGCUUUUGGGCGUGACGCAACAUCAGCAGCAAACAUCUGGCGGUCACGGGCCGAUGAAACGAAAGCAAAGAAGAUAUCGGACGACUUUCACCAAUUUCCAGCUCGAGGAGCUGGAACACGCGUUUCACAAGACCCAUUACCCUGACGUCUUUUUCCGUGAAGAAUUGGCUGUCAAAAUCGAUUUGACAGAGGCACGCGUUCAGGUUUGGUUUCAAAACCGGCGCGCCAAGUUCCGCAAACACGAGCGAAUCACGCAUCACCAACACCAUCAGCACCACCCACAGCAGCACCAUCUCGUCCAACAGCCUCAGCAACAGACACACCAAGGUCACGAGAAUCCCUUCGAACGUGACGCUGGAAGCAUCACGGCCGACGUAGGUGGCUUACUGAUGCAACAACAGCAACAGCCAGAAGCUUCUUCGUCGUCAUCUUGCCCGAUGAUCAGCAAAGAUUGCGAACAGCAGCAACAGCAGCUCUUUAGUCAAUACCUGCAUCACCAUCAUCAACAACAAAACAUAGUCAGUCAUGAAACGUCUUACAUUUACCACCCGGAACCUCUUCUACCCACAUCGACCAACGAAGCAAGUGGCGAACCUGCCCAACAACAACAGAUUUACGUGAACACGAGCGGGAGCGUGACACCUUCCCCAUUUCUGGCCCACUUGUCAGCGUCUCCCUCACCCGACUGGCCUCAUUACGUCACUACAACUGCAACGACAACCACCUCGACGGCCUCUUCGCCCGUCUACCAUCACCCGGCGCCGGCCACUCAGCAUCCAACGUACCGAGAAGAUCACGAGAAUCAAGAAGAAGACGGGGGCGUCACCAUCGGUGCAAACAGCGACGAUUACCAUUUCUUCGUCAGUCACGGUGCGUUGGAUUUGGCCUCGUCUUUCAUCAACCAAACGGCCAACAACAGCGGCAACAAUGCAAACGCCAAAGAAUCGGAUCCAUCGUUGGCGUCUCAAUUGCGACGUCUGGGGGCGUCGCAAUCCGAAGCGGCCGAUGACGACGGCGAUAUUGGCGAUGAAAUCCAUUUAGCCAACAUGGCGUUCAUGAACGCGUCGAAAACGGGACUGCACCACCUACACCAUCACCUACACCAGCCAAAAACCAGCAAAACCGCAAAUGAUUUUACGCCGCAUUCUGACGACUACGCAACUGCGGACGGCGGUGAUGACGACGACGUUGUUUUAAGUUUAAACGAUGCCUUGAAAAAAAAAUAAUAAUAAUUUUAAAACAACAACGCGAAGUUAUUUGUGGUUGUGUGUUUUGUUUUCUAAUCAUUUUGGCUGUAGGCCUCUUCUUUUUGCAACCCACACCGGCGUUUCGUUAGUCCAAUUUUGUUUCUCGUUUGGACGUUUUUCAUGUUGUCGUUUUGAAUACAUAUCCUUUUUUUCCCCCCCUCUAUAC